CUGCCCCUUUGAGCCUAAGAGAACAAAGACUAUCAUUGAUUAAACAUUCCCAAUUUAGGGCAUCUAGUCACUUUCUUGACACUCAUGGCUAGUUUCAAUUGCCAAAUCUAAUUGUCAAAUGCUAUUUUGUAUAGGAAAACUUACUGUAGUUUUUUCUAGUUGGAUACUUGGAUAUAAGUAUCAGAUUCCAAAACAUUGAAGAACUUGAUACUGGGAAUUUAGUUAAGAUUUUCAAACAGGCUUAUGGGUUUCCAAUUUAAGAAAAGACAUUCUGUUUGAGAUCAAAGAGAGAUGUUAUUGUUGUUUUCAAUGCUGUUACAGAGAAGGAAAUGAAAAUGUGCACAUGCACGCACUUCAGAAUUGCAUGGGAGAUGAUAACUCCAUUCCAUGUGCUAAUCUACUUAUCUUAUGACUAUUCAGCUUUUGAGUCAGGGGUCGACACCUUGAAUCUUCUAACUUCUAUCCUGUUUGCUGUCAAUUUCGACGCACAAUGAAGUCUGCCAUUUGUUCACUGAUACAAGAGAAACAUCUUUCUGUCCGGCUCCUCUUUUUUAUACUAUUUUAUUUGAUUAAAUCAUUUCCUCUAUAGAAGGCAAUUUUCUUGCUACUUGUUUUUGUGUUUCCCUUACGACGAAUGAAAAUUUAGAAAUUAGACUCUAACUGAAACUUUGAUCUUAAAUGAAGCUAUUUUGUUUUGUUUUUUUGCAGAGUCUAACUAAGGAGAUCAAUCUAUGAGCUGCUUUAGCUGUUUUAAGGGAGUUGAUUUCAAUCCGAUUUCUGAUGGGGGAGACCAGCAUCCAUUGAAAAGAUCAACACGUAAAGAUAGAACUUAUCACAACAAAGAGGCACCAGCUGGUCGUGUUGAAGCUGUGAAACCUAAGCUUAUUGCAGUCCCCGCAAUUCCCAUUGAUGAACUUAGGGAGAUCACAGAUAAUUUUGGGAAUGCGACUUUAAUAGGGGAAGGUUCAUAUGGAAGAGUGUAUUACGGAGACCUCAAAACUGGGAGGGCUGCUGCAAUUAAAAAUUUGGAUUCAAGCAAACAACCUGAAGAUGAAUUUUUGGCGGAGGUUUCCUUGGUUUCAAGGUUAAAGCAUGAAAAUUUUGUCGAGUUACUGGGCUAUUGUAUUGAUGGGAAACAACGUGUUCUUGCCUAUGAAUUUGCAUCCAAUGGAUCACUUCAUGAUAUUCUUCAUGGGAGGAAGGGUGUAAAAGGAGCACAGCCUGGCCCUGUGCUUUCCUGGACACAGCGAGUUAAGAUUGCUGUAGGAGCAGCUAAAGGCCUUGAAUAUCUACAUGAAAAGGCUGAAGUUGAAUUUGUGCAUCGAGAUAUCAAAUCCAGCAAUGUACUAAUAUUUGAUGAUUAUGUAGCUAAAAUUGCUGAUUUUGAUCCAUCCAAUCAGUCUCCUGAAAUGGCGGCACGUCUUCACUCAACUCGUGUUCUUGGCACAUUUGGCUAUCAUGCUCCUGAAUAUGCAAUGACCGGGCAGCUAAAUGCAAAGUGUGAUGUGUAUAGUUUUGGUGUUGUGCUCCUUGAGCUGCUCACAGGGCGUAAACCAGUUGAUCAGACCCAACCCCGAGGCCAACAAAGUCUUGUUACAUGGGCUACCCCAAAACUCAGCGAAGACAAGGUUCGACAAUGUGUGGAUGCAAGACUGGCAGGGGAGUAUCCCCCCAGGGCAAUUGGAAAAUUUGCAGCUGUUGCUUCAUUGUGUGUGCAAUAUGAACCAGAGUUUAGGCCAAACAUGGGCAUUGUGGUGAAGGCACUCCAGCCUCUUCUGAAUACGCGGCCUGGAAUUGGUGGUGAAGCCGGACACGCUUGGUGAUUGUGUCCUCUUAGCCAAAGGAAAGGAAGCCCUCAUUUCGUACUUUCUGAAGAUUCUUUGUCUGGUCUUUCAAGUUUCAAGGCCCAUCAUUGACCAGAGAGGUCCAGAUGCAUUGCUCCAAUUUUGGGCACGUUUUAGCGUACGUGAUGCAGUUAGGACAUGACACUUUCCGGCCGUUAUUACUGUUCCUUUUUAAAGUCAAAUGCUAACUAAUGUCCUUACUCCUUGGGGUGUAAUUUAAGAUGAUUAAAGAGGAAGAGUUAUUAUUAAUAUGCAAAUUAAAUGCAGUGAAUAUAUACUACUCCG